AUGUACAAUAAUAGAUACAUAGACAAGAAUGACAAACGUCAAAAUUCUAAACGUAGAAGAAUAAGAACAAAUCCAACAGCAAAUGCAGAAAAUAUUCAAUUUAAAAUUAAAUCAGCCAAACAGCAAAAUGAACAGAUAGACUCAAGUAAUUCUAAGCCUAAGAAAAAAGGGGGAAAAAAUGAGAAUACUGGAAAUAAACAAGAACAAUCAAAAUUCAAACAAAACUCAGAAAAUAGACAAAAAAUAUGGAGAGGAAAAACAAUUGAGCAUAGUGAAAAAUCUGAAAAUGGCAAUACUGAAAAAAAUAAAAUAGAUAAGUAUAGUUUUGGACUUAAACGCCUUGAAGAAUUAUGUAGUAAGGAUCCAUCUGAGAUUGUAUUUGUGAUGUCAAAUAAAGUUAAUGGAUUCGUGGACUUAUUUAAACAAAAUAAAGAACCAGAUUGGAUUUUUUUGCUUAUGAAAGUAUCAGCUAAGAUUUGUUCUACUGAAUUAAUACAAAGCAAACAUUAUUUAUUAACAGAACUAACAUGUAAUCAAUUUUUUGAUCACCUAAAAACAUAUAUAUUGAGUACACCAACAGAAAAAAACUUAAAUCGAUGCAACAAUAUGAAUAUAUUUUAUGAAGAUUGUUUAGUUGUGUUUCAAUCAAUAACUACAUUAUUUCCAAAAACUGCAGAAGAAAAAUUAAAGGAAAUAAUAGUAAGUAGUAGUAUAGCUUUAAAUGGUAUAAAAAGUUUUUGUAAUCUUAUUAAAGUAAAUGAAACUACAAUAGUAAAAAUGAAUGACCUGCUUCAAAAAAUCAAUGAUACUAAAUUAACAGAAAAAUUAAAAUUGAAAGAAAAAUUGAUAAUUGAAAACAUUGCACAACUGAUGACUCCACUGGAAAAUUUUAGGGAACUAACUGUAUAUCCAACCGCGAUAGAUCUUGAAUCUGAAGAACCAUUUUUACGACCUAAUAUAUCAAAAGGAGCCUAUCAGAAUGUAGAACACUAUUUAGAUGUUCAAUUUCGUCUUUUACGUGAAGAUUUUAUUGCUCCAUUACGAGAAGGUAUACAAUUUUAUAAAAGCAAAAUAAAUGAUCAACAACUACAUACACGUCGAAAAAAAAUAAAUAAUAUACGUAUUUAUAGUGAUGUUGAAUUUGAAAAAGAAGGCGAAUUUGUUCGCCAUAAAUAUGGUUAUCUGAUAAACUUUGACAUAAAAAAUAAAUUAAAAAUCGAUUGGGAACUGGCAAAACGGUUUAUGUGUGGUUCUUUACUAAUAUUUUCUGGAAAUAAUUUUAGAACUUUUUUUUUGGGUACUGUUAUGGAUCGAAAGAUUGAACUUUUGAAACAAGGAAAGUUAAUAGUGCAAUUAUUAGAAGCUGCAAAACCUAUAUUUAAUACAUCUCUUACUAUGGUAGAGAGUGAAGUGUUUUUUGAACCAUAUAAAUGUUCGAUGGAAGUUCUUAAAAAUAUUAAUAAUGAUAAUUUCCCUAUGGAAAAGUAUAUAAUAUCAGCUUGUAAUAAAAUAGACUAUCCAUAUUAUAUUGACAUGUUACCUGAACUCAAUUACUAUGAAAUUGAUAAAUUAGGCAAAUUUCAAGUACUGAGUCAAAAUCAUUGGCCUACUAAAGAACAGCUAGGACUCGAUGAAAUGCAAUUUGGAGCAUUUAAAGCGGCAUUGACUCAAGAAUUUACAGUUAUUCAAGGGCCACCUGGUACUGGAAAAACGUUCAUUGGAUUGAAAAUUAUGAAAACAAUUAUAAAUAAUUUAUACGAUAAGCCAUUUCUCACCAAACCAAUUUUAGUUGUGUGUUACACAAAUCAUGCUUUAGAUCAGUUUAUGGAAGGUAUAUUGAGCUUCACAAACAAAGUUAUUAGAAUUGGAGGUCAAUCUAAGUCAGAAAUAUUAGAAAAAUAUAGUUUAAGGAAUAUAUCUCGUGAGCACAGAAAAUCCGUAACUACUAAUAAAGGUCUUAGGAAUAUUGAAGAUCAAGUAAAAACUACUAUGGAGAACAUAAAAUAUCUUAAGGGAUGUAGUGAAGUUGUAUCAUACAAUGCUGGAAUAUUAGAGUUAUCAUUGUUAAAAAAUGGUAUGCCCAAACAGUAUCAUUAUUUUUUUAAAACAAACUUGGAUCUUCUCUCUUGGUUAUUUCAAGAUUCUAAUUAUUUUAGUGUAGAUCCUAUGGGGUUUAUAAUUGGAAUAAAGAAUCAAUUGAUAAAUAAUGUUUUUCAUUCAGAAAAAUUUUUAGAAAUUAAACAAGUAGAUGAUAAUGAUGAUGAAGCAAAACAUUAUAAACCAAAUAACUUAGAUUUAAAAUAUAAUCAUAAAAAUGUUGUUAUUUAUAUUAUCACAUUAUAUGACAUAAGAUAG